UAUUUUUUCGUCUCCUAGUAUUCUAUAUACCCUUUCAGCCAACACUCCAAAACCAUUCUGACUCUUCCAUCACCCAACACGGACCUUCCGGCACCGUUUUCCGGCAACCACCACCGUCUUUCCUUCUCUCUCUUCUGUCUUGAAAUCGUGACUUGCAAUUGAUCAUGAGGCACUUGUGUUAUGCUGUUAAUUGUUGAAGGUUAGUUGUGGCUGAAGGAAAAGGAAGAAGAUUAGUGGAAGUUGAAGUUGCUGAAGUGAAAGAUGAAGAGUAAAAGAGAUAGAACAGAGGAAGAGGAUAUGCUAAGUGACUUGCAUGACUCUAUUUUGCUUCGUAUAAUGAAAUUUAUGAACACAAAAGAAGCUGUUCAGACUUGUGUAUUGUCUUCUCGAUGGAAAAACCUUUGGAAAGGUCUCACUAGUUUUAAAUUGAAUUACUACACUAUCACUGACUAUACUCAUUUCAGCGAGUUUGUGUUUUGGGUUCUGUCUAAUCGAGACAACUUGACUUCAUUACAUGAUAUUGAUUUAAGGCAGCAAUUUUGCAUUCAACCUGAACUUGUGAAUCAGGUCCUGACAUAUGCUGUGUCACAUAAUGUACAGAAGUUGAAAAUGGAAAUUGAUAUUAUAAAAUGCGGUUACAAAAUCAACCCUUGCAUAUUUUCGUGCAAAUCUUUGACACAUCUUAAGCUUUCAAUUUUGGUUGCCCCUGGGAUGAUAGAACUUCCAACUUCCAUACAGUGUCCGGCAUUAAAAUGUUUGCAUCUUGAGAAUGUCACUUUUAUUGGAAAUGACAAUGGCAUAGUUGAUCCCUUUUCAAACUGUCACAUGUUAAGCACUUUGGUCCUUGAACAUUGUUAUCUACAUUGCAAUGUAGAAUGCCUUUGCAUAUCUAAUUCUAAGCUUUCUAGUUUGACCAUAGGCAGUACCAUUCAAGCAGUAGGUUACAAAAUCGUGCUUUCUACUCCGAACCUUAAUUAUAUCAAUCUCACAGGUUAUUUCAUUCACCAGGUCUCUAUAUGCUAUCUUUCUUUUCUUGAACAAGUAAAUGUUGAUGUUAAGGGUUCUGAACCUUAUUUUCCUACAUAUUUGGAUAUGACAUAUUCAACCUUAAUUAGUUGGCUGCAAGGGCUCGCUAAUUAUGUUAAGAUAUUGACACUCUCUUCAAGUACCCUUCAGGUUCUACUUCGCCGAACUUCUGGUUCAAUCAAUAGUCGACUUCCUUGUUUUGUUAGAUUGAAGUCAUUGAAAUUGAAAGUGAAACCGUCUAAUAUAUCAGAUGAGGAAUUAAGAAGACUAAUGAAUUUCUUUCUUGAAAACUCACCACAAGCCGAAGUGUUUAUAGAUUGCCUUGAUAUCUAGGCAUCAUUCUUCAGGGAUAUUGCAGUUUGUAGCUGACUGACUUAAUUGAAGAUGAUUACAACCUGAAUACAAAGUUUCUUAUGUUGGCUGUACAUGUUUUGUUUUCCUUAAGGUUUAUUGGAUAGAUGUCAAAAACAUGAUCUUAAAUCUAAAUAGAUUUUGAUUCAUAUUAGUACUAAUUGACUUUGUAUUUAGGAGGGGUUGCAUGGUCUAUUAGACAAAUGGAAUUUCUGUAUACCAUGUCUCUUGUGACAAUUUGAAUGUCAAAGAUGUUUUUAAACUGUUUAAUUAAUUUUGACUAUA